UACAUAUAUACGCUUAUUAGAGAAGGCAUCUCUUUACUACAAUGAUAUGUCACGUGUUUAUAUUUUUUCAACAAACAUAACGGCUUCUGUAUUUUGUAGAUGUUUAAUAUAAUAGGCACAAAGCAGACGUGCGUUGACGUGUUCUUGACUGAGCUGCUACAGACUCUGCUAUGGGAACAGUCCCAUCUGCAGCCUAGAAAGUAGAGGAGAUACCCAGCGCUAAAUAACAUAGAAGGAGGGACGUACAAACACCAGCCGACACGCGGAGGAUUUAAUAUCCACAGUCUGGAGAGCAGAGCAGACUGAAGCGGAAAACCCGCUGCCUAAAACACAUUCAGUAACGAAAUGGCCAGAGACUCUCUGUCUGAAGCUGGGCUGCACUUUGAUGAGUUGAACAAGUUGCGAAUCUUGGAUCCAGAUGUUUCACAGCAAACUAUAGAACUAAAGGAGGAAUGCAAAGAUUUUGUAGAGAAAAUAGGACAUUUUCAGAAGAUAGUGGGUGGGUUGAUUGAUCUUGUUGACCAGUUGGCUAAAGAAACUGAAAAUGAGAAAAUGAAGGCCAUAGGUGCUAGAAAUUUGCUAAAAUCUAUUGCAAAGCAACGGGAAGCCCAGCAGCAACAGCUAUAUGCCUUAAUAGCGGAAAAGAAAAUGCAGCUGGAAAGGUACCGAAUAGAAUAUGAUGCUCUGUCUAAAGUCGAAGCUGAGCAAAAUGAGUUCAUUGACCAGUUUAUCCUGCAGAAAUGACAUCGGCCAGAAAGUCCCCACCCCUGUUGUUAACUUUAUUCAUGUUUUUAUACUAGAAUUUUUACGUGUUUUUUUUUUUUUUUUUUUUUUUUUUUCAUUCAAAAUUAAACUGACUUUUUAAAGAACAUGGAAAUGACACAUUAACUUUAAUGAAUUUUGAAUAAAAAAAUUGAGGGAAAUUAAUAUAUAGCAAAAAAUCUUUUAUAUGUUUUAUUUAGCCAAUAGUAAAUAAAACUUAUUUUUAUUUAAACGCCCAGUAAAAAUCUUUAAGCACAGGUAGUCAUAAAAGUAUAUGUGUCUUUUAUAUAUCCACACAAAACUAACAACAUAUGGUAAAUUGCUAUUUAACACACCUUUUGGGGCCUGACCACUACUCUGAUGCAAGUUAUUACUACUAAUAUUUCUUGUUGAUUGGUCACAAGUAAACCUAGUGAAGCAAAAGUGCUGGAAAACGCUCUAUGCUACCUGCCGAGCCAUAACUUAAAAAAAUGCUUUGUUCUAAGGGGCAGCUUGCCAUGUGAGUAAUCAGACACCCACAGUUAUGUUCACUUGCUGAGUUUUUUUACAGCCCUUUUUGGGGUUAGCAAGAUCUGUGCACUGCUGUAAUUACUACACAGCGCUCCAAAAGGUAUAGGUUUACUGUCGCUUUAAGCAAGGGGGAGAAAAAGCUCCGUCUUAGGAGACACAAGAAAGCUUUAUUGUGAUCUUGGAGUCAAACUACAGAGACACACAACUAUUUUUUAUAUAUCAACUGUUAAACACCAUAUUGCAAAAGGUCUGCAUACAAAUGUGUUCACAUUGUUUUGCAGUCCAUGGAUAUACCCUUAUCAAAACAAUAUCUUCUCUGAAUCCAAUUCUCACACUUGUCAGAGUUAAAUUACAGGAAAAUGGGCAAAAUAAAUAAUCAAAUGAUUACAUGCAUAAUCAAACAUUUAAUGCAAAACUCAAACUGUAUUUUCUGUCUCUUUAAAGUAAAUGUAUAAUUUCCAUUUCCCUUUUUAAAGGAGGGGUUUUUUUGUUUUGUUUUUUUAAACAG